AGAAUAGAAUAGGUGUCAGGAAUAAGGUAAUUACACACAGGAAAUUCCAGAAUAGAAUAUAAUAGAAUAUAAUAUGUAAGUGUUAGGAAUAACACUGUUAGUAAUUACAAACAGGAAUUUCCAGAAUAGAAUAGAAUAGAAUAGAAUAGAAUAGAAUAGAUGCUGUUUUACCUUACCAGUCAACAGCAGAACCCUGAAUCAAGUUUUUUUCUAUGACCGUAGCAUCUGGUUUAUAGAUAUCUGCACAAUAUUUUUUGGUUCUCCUUGGGUAGGUCCAUGCAAACCUUUUUUUGUUCACAAAGGAUUGUCCUGAAAAGGUGAAAAGGACAUGCUGGGUUACUUCCUUGGCGAUAAUGCGGUUAACAGCUAGCUCUACUUGGCACAGUUCAGAACGGAUGGCUCAGCUAAUCGGCAUGGCUGUGAGCAGCAGGACUGGGCCAAAUCCACUGGCAGAGUCUUAUUCCUUUUCCUCAGUGAUUCAAGUCCGUCCUUUCUGACCGUGAUAUGAAUUUUGUUCAUUCACUAAAGAAUUCUGUAGACUAUCUUUAAAAAAAAAGGACUUUGACAUUUCAGGUUUGCAGUUGGAGACGUUUCAGGUAAAACUGAUCCAUUUCCUCCAAGAGGAUUAGUCUCAGGCAGAUUAUCUUGUUUACCUCUCUUAAUACUAAAGCUAUAGGGAGCAUAUGGGUGUUUGAUAACCACCUGUCUGCCUACUGAGGGGACAUCAGAUGGGCAGUCACAGGCAUAGAGGAAGAAGACUGGAAUGAUUGGGCUGGAUGUCUAUCUAUAUCCAGAUGGUCUUAGGGUUGCUACACCAGAAGAUAUAGAGAGGUGGGAAUCAGAGAGGGAAAUGUAUGAGCCGGAUGUACGCCUCUUUGUGGCUCUGUUCUCAUACAACCCUGCAUUGAUGUCACCAAACCCUGAAACAAUGGAGGAGGAACUGCCUUUUGAACAAGGACAGAUCAUUAAAGUAUAUGGAGAUAAAGAUGCUGACGGUUUCUACAGUGGGGAGACUGGUGGUCGCUUUGGUUUUGUGCCAAGCAACAUGGUAUCUGAGAUUCCUGUGGAAGACGGAGAGCUUAAACUUCAUCUGUUCCAGCAGGGGUUUUUACCAGAGGAGACGCCUUCUAUAGCACCCAGUGAAACUUCUAGUGUGCCGGAUGGUGCGAAGGUCCACAGGAUGGUGGCCAUUUUUGAUUAUGACCCUUGGGAAAGUUCUCCAAACAUGGACAUUGAGGAUGAGCUUCCCUUUCGUGCAGGAGACAUUAUAUAUGUUUUUGGGGAAAUGGACAGUGAUGGAUUUUAUUAUGGGGAUCUACAUGGUUAUCGAGGUCUUGUGCCAUCAAACUUCUUGCAACCACUGCCUUGGGAUUGAAUGAAAAGAUCAACCAUAAAUCAGGAACAGAAGAGUGACCUCAGAUUGAUUCUAACCCACUUUACUGAAUUCAGCUCCAGUAUUGCUUUUUGUUUUUCUGUUCAUUUUUUACCAUAUAAAGUGUCUUUUUUCCUAUAAUGUACAGUACAUGACAGUAUUGUAUGCGCCCCCUUAAUGCACUCGACCUUCCCUCUGCAUAUUCACUACCUUUAGCUCAAGUAAGUACAUUAAAAGGAAUUAAUUUCUGAAUAAUGGGAAGCAGAU